AUGAGCGAAAGUUUGACUGGAGUCACUUUUCUGGCUUUUGGCAAUGGCAGUCCAGACGUCUUCUCGACGUUUGCUGCAAUGGGUUCGAAUAGCGGUAGCUUAGCCGUAGGAGAACUGAUUGGCGCUGCGUGCUUCAUCACGGCCGUGGUGGCCGGUUCAAUGGCCCUAGCCAGACCUUUCAAAGUCGCCCGUCGAAGCUUCGUACGCGACGUCGGAUUCUUUAUACUGGCUGCUGUUUUAGCAGUGGUUGUACUAGCUGAUGGUGAACUACAUGCUUGGGAGUGUGCAUCAAUGAUCGGUCUUUAUGUCUUUUAUGUCGUCCUAGUUGUGUCCUGGCAUUGGUAUUUGACUCGUCAGCGACGAAAGUACGAUAGAGAGUUUGCAGCAAGAGCUCAAUUUCACAUACCUCAAAGCCAAGAACUGGAUCUAGAAGAACGAUCGUCCGAAGAUGAUCCUGUUGCUGGAGAAUCGAGCAGGCUAUUACAGGGCCGGAGAUCACCCGAUUUCGAGGCACUUGAAAGGCCAGUAUGGAACGAUGACGACGAAGAAGAAGACGAUGAGACACGUAACAGAUAUCUUGCCGAGAUACGUGAGAAUAUGCGAGUCACACGGCCACCUUCAUAUGUGCGGAGAACGACUGCCACAUCGAUCCGGCCAAGUUUAGUCGGCGCUCUAGAAUUUCAGUCUGUCCUUUCAUCUUUGAAGAAAGCGAAGAAUAUACACGAUGAUACGAUUGACCUCGGUCAUUAUGUGGAUACAGAUUCUGCCGGCCUGUCUCCUCGUAUCCUGCCAAGGUCGAGUCAGAGUAAGACAUCCUUUAAUCGACCAGAGGAGUCCUCAACUCAGCGUCGAUCUGCUUCACUUAAUGUCACACCUAUUUUGCGUUUAGAUACUGGCUCAAACAAUGCAAAGCAGCACAGUGGGACGUUGAUUCCAGUGGUUUGGGGAUCUUCCCACGCGGCCUUACAACAGAACAGUGAAGUUCAACAUGUACAACAUCAACCAACAACAUCUACUCUUACUGUUCCCCGAUCUCCCGAGACAAUAUUAUCUGAUCACUUGACCGUUCCUCAAGCUGUCUUCAGUUCUCCGAAUUACCAAGCGUCGCCUCGAUCACAUCAGCCUCCAUCGCCAAGUGGUGUAUCCCCAUUUGGCCACACACUUCCACAGCCGACUAACUUUGAGCAAUCAGACGAAAGUGAUAAUGACACUAUAAGAUUUCCCGCCUUUGUCGACUCACCAGCUUCUAUGUCUCCCAGACCAUCCAUUCUGAAUCUUCCUGCCGCUGCUGUCUCACCGACUACAGAAUAUCGAAAUGUGUCUACUCAGGAAGAGCUAGUAUCAAAGUGGUGGCAUUAUCCAUCGUUGAUUCCUGGAACCAUGUUUUUCGCCCUCUUUCCAACGCUGUGUGAUUGGAGAUCAAAAUCCUUUUGGGCAAAGAUUCUAGGUGUCGUUGCGGCGCCCAGCGUUUUCUUCCUCACGGUCACAAUUCCGGUCAUAGAUCCUAAUCAGACUGAAACCACGGAGAAUGAAUGGGACAAUCGUCGCUCCCAUUCACCUGCUGUUCUAACUCCCGCUAGUGGUAAUCAGCGUCAACCAACGCCGAUCAUUCGACUACCUGAUGAAUCGCCAACUCUACAACCCGAAGAUCAUCAGCGACUUGGAAACGGCUUUCGUCAUAGUAUAGAACACAUUUCCCCAGUGGCACAAGUCCAGGAGUCAGGUACUCUUCCCAAUAGACCAAGGCUUGACUCUGAAAUGGCAGCCGGCCCACCAGAAUUAAAUGACGACCCCUCGUCUGCAGCAACACGAACCUGGCACCGCGCACUUACAACGAUUCAUGUAUUUACGUCACCACUUUUCACCACCAUAGCCAUUUGGAGUCUCCUGGAUGACGAGCACAACUUACGAAAUUUAAUCAUCCCCAUCCCUAUCAGUCUAGGCGCAUCAUUUAUAUGCGCCAUACUGCUCAAUAUAUUCCUGAAAAAACACGACGAUCUCACGCAAGCACCCAAUCAACUCCGCCCCUUUCUAUCGUUCAUCGGCUUCAUCGUCGGCAUCUGCUGGAUCGCGAUAAUCGCAGAUGAAGUCGUCAGUCUGUUAAAAACCCUUGGCGUAAUUCUGAAUAUCAGUGACUCACUUCUAGGUCUCACAGUAUUUGCCGUGGGCAACUCAUUGAGUGACCUAGUGGCGGACAUCACUGUAGCUAGACUAGGAUACCCAGUCAUGGCGCUAAGUGCUUGCUUUGGAGGACCCAUGCUCAACAUACUACUCGGGAUCGGCAUGGGUGGCCUGUAUAUGACACUGCACUCCAAUGUCGAAGCCCCAACAGCGUCAGCAAUUGAAGGUGUCGCACGCCAUGCUCCGUACAAAAUCACGAUCUCGAAAAAUCUCAUGAUUAGUGGUCUGACAUUACUCGUUACACUGGUUGGACUAUUGAUCAUAGUGCCGCUGAAUCAUUGGAAAAUGGAUCGAAAAAUCGGCUGGGGACUCAUUGUGCUUUGGUCGCUGAGCACGCUGGGCAAUGUCAUUGUUGAGCUUGUGAUAUAG